AUGUGCAUCGUUCUUAUCACGACGGCUCAUCCGAAAUAUGCACUUAUUGCUCUUGACAAUCGGGAUGAAUACAUCCUAAGACCUACUAGCCGGCCUCACUGGUGGACCCAUCAACCUUCAGGAGAACAAAUACUGUCCGCGCGAGACUUGUACCGUAAGGAGCGAGGGACAUGGCUAGGCGUCACUAAAACCGGACGAUUCGCCGUGCUGACAAAUUAUCGGGAGUCGAGUGAGGAUGACCCGGACCCGGAUCACGCCAUCGCCGGGGUCAGGAGCCGAGGUACCAUAGUGAAUGCCUGGCUGGGUGCCCCCUCCGGACUUGGCCUAGAUGAGUUCGUCAAUACGAUGCUAGAAGGUCGUGCCGCCAAGGGUGUUGGAGGGUUUUCGCUCGUAUGCGGUGAUUUGAAGCAGAGAACUGAGAAGGGCAUUAAACCGCUCGCGAUCAUCUCCAAUCGGUGGGAUCAUGUCGGCGAGGUCCCGUGGAUAGGUGGAGAACGUGGACACAUAUAUGGCCUAAGCAAUGCCGUCUAUGUAGAACCUGCUCAAUGGGAGAAGAUCAAUAUCGGGAAGAAAUUGACGGAGGAGGCGAUACAAGAAGCUGUCGACAAGGACAUGAACGAAGAGGAGCUUACCAACCGGCUCUUCAAAGUCCUCGAUCAUGAUACACUACCUUUGGAGCCCAAGAUGAGUUUUCAAGAGCAUAUGGAUGCCCUCCGGCGGUCUGUAUUCAUUCGCAGCUUUGCAGAGGAUCAGGGAUGGAAAGACAUGGCUGACGCGGCCGAUGAAGGGAGGGCAAAAGCAGCAUUUGAUGCAAUCGAAGAUAACAGCGAGCCGGAAGAGCAUAGGGACGCACAUGGAUAUUUUAUGAAAGGUGCUUAUGGUACUCAAAGACAGACCAUUAUUCUUUUAGAUUGGGAAGGCAAUAUUACGUAUAAAGAGCGGGCGUUAUGGGAUUCUCAUGGGAAUCCGAUUGAAAGAGGAAAGGGGGAUGAGACGUUCAAGUUUAAGAUAGAAGAAUAA